AUGGUCAUGGAGCUUAUGACGGGAUAUCGAGACAACAAUUUCAUGGAAGAUAAUGCGGUUUGUGAAGCUGCGUCGAGGCUAGAGAGCGUCGAGAAACUCAUCAAUUUGUUGUCGCAGACCCAACAACAAUUCCAGACAACAUCUAAUUCAACCUCAAACUCAAAGUCUUCCAUGGAAAACAUCGAUACCGACUACAAAGUUGCCGCUGAUGUGGCCAUCUCUAUGUUCAAGGUUAUUUCACUUCUGGGCCACACUAGAACCGGUCACACGUGUUUCAAAAGAGCCCCUAUUGCUCCCCCUUCUACACCUACGGAACCUAGGGACCUCGAUCAUGGUGUAGUUGAUGCGGUUCUCGAGGUCAAGGAGGAGGUGGUGGUGGUCUUGCUCACAUCACCCUUGUCGGAGGUGAUGACGGAGACAUUGGUGGUGGAGCCGGAGAGCUCAGGCUUGCGGUUCUAG